UGUGCCUGCUAAGUACAUGGGGUUUCCCCGCGAGAGUUCGAAUCUCUCAGGCGACGAAUCAGUUUUUAUUUUUUGUUUUAUUUGUUUUCAACAACGUUUGUAACAUGUUUUUGUUUUGUUUCAUGUUAGUUCGAAAAAACCGUUCUUUCUCACAGAACAAACAACACUGGUUACCUCUGACGGCACUACAGCAACAGAAACAACAACAACACCAUGACACUUUCUUCACUCACUUUCACCAUUUCCAACACAACAACAGCAAUUCAAAACACACCACAAUUCAACAACAACAACGUUGUUCCUGUUCCUUCUCUCAACACUUUUUGUUCCAUCACUCUCAACAAUUCAUUCAACAAAACCCAUCUUUUUAGAAUCCAUUGCAUAAAUCAAGACCCUCUUUCCCCUUUAGAACCUCUCAAAUCCGAUCAAAAUCUACCUUUUGGUAAUGACGGCGGAGAUGAUGACGGCGGCGACAAUUUCGGCGGAGGAGGCGGCGGAAAUGAUGGAAAUGGUGGAGAAGAAGAAGGUGAUGAAGAGUUUGGUCCUUUGUUGAAUUUUGAAGCUGUUAUGAAUGAAGUUGAAGCUCGUGGUGUUAAGUUACCUUCUGAUAUGGAAGAAGCUGCCAGAAUUACUGGCAUUAGAGAAAUGUUUCUUCUUCGUUACUUGGAAUUACAAGGUUCUGCCUGGCCAUUGUCUUUUCUGAUGAAGAAUUGUGCUAUGUUGAGAAAUAGAAUGUUAGCAGAUCCUUCUUUUCUCUUUAAAGUUGGAAUUGAGAUUGUUAUAGACUCUUGUUGUGCAACGUUUGCGGAGGUUCAGAAAAGAGGCAAGGAUUUCUGGGCUGAAUUUGAGUUGUAUGCUGCUGAUCUUCUUGUUGGUGUGGUUGUUGACAUUGCUUUGGUGGGUCUGUUGGCACCUUAUGCACGAAUUGGGACGCCUUCUUUGUCAAAAGGUUUACUAGGACGCAUUCAACAUGCUUGUGCUGCUCUUCCUAGCAGUGUUUUUGAAGCUCAAAGACCAGGAUGCAAAUUCACUGCAAUGCAGCGUGUUGCCACGUUCUUCUACAAGGGUGCAUUGUAUGGAUCUGUUGGCUUUGGAUGUGGUAUUAUUGGUCAAGGAAUUGCAAAUAUGAUCAUGAAUGCCAAAAGGAGCAUUAGUAAAUCUGAAGAUGACAUACCUAUUCCUCCUCUUGUGCAAAGUGCCGCCCUUUGGGGUUUCUUCCUCGCUGUGUCAUCCAACGCUCGUUAUCAAAUUAUCAACGGACUGGAAAGCCUCGUUGAAGCGUCUCCAGUGGCAAAGAAGAUCCCACUUGUUGCAAUGGCAUUCACCGUUGGUGUACGAUUCGGUAACAACAUAUACGGUGGUAUGCAGUUUGUAGAUUGGGCCAAAUUGAGCGGCGUACAAUAAGUACCCUCACCUACACUUCCCUUUCGCACCAGCGCCGUUGAAAAGGUAUAUCCAAAGUUGGUUCAGGCUUAGCUCAUUAUCGUCGAAGUGGAAGAUUCUUACUCAACAGGUGAAGCUACCAUCAUAUUUUGUUUUCAUCUGUUGGGAAACCUCUAUUGGGAUUAGAAUAGGACCAUAACCCUUCACUCAUGUCACUUUUUCUUUGGUAUUGUUUGAUGGUGUAUAACUUAGUUAUAUCAGAUUUUGUUUUCUUCUCAAAAUUUUGUAACACAGUGCUCAAUCAUUAGUUUAUUAGUAAUUACUCUUUCAUUGA